AUGGAUCAGCCUGGCCCAUCUAACGUUCCUGCAAGGCAAGUUCACUGGCUUUUUACAUUUUUUCUUUCGGUUUUAGAGAACAAAAAGAAGAACGGAUGAACGUUCAUGAUCCAGAACUCCCAUCAACAAGUCAGACAGCUGAUCAAACUAUUGGAAAUUUAGAGAUUGUUGAAGAAACGACAUUAGGAAAUGAUACCGAGAUUUUGGAUCUGGAUAGCGUUUCUGAGGUAACACUAUGGAUAAUAUAAAUUUUACACUGGAAUGCAGUUGAAUAUGAGGAAUCCUGCUUUCUGUAACUCUAUUGCGGUGCUUCGAUUGAGUUUAUAUCCUUUGUUUUAGGUUUCACAACAAUCCGCCGAAGAACAAGAAGAAACUCCCCAUCUUGCAUACCUAAAACGUUCCGAAGCAAUAACUCAGGUAAUGGAGGGAAUAACCUUUGAACCCGCUGCAAACUGGAACACAAAUGACUUGGCCGCGCUAUUCUCGAGGCUGCGAAAUACGAAUUGCAAUCAGUUUAGUGUGGAGACGUUCAUUCAUGCUUUUUCGAAUACCUCCGUUGAAGAAAUCAUGGCUAUUCUUGAGGGCCUGAGAGAUAUCGUCAGGGAAGCGGAUUCCGUCAGAAUACCUUGGAAGGAAGCGUUGAAAGAAGGCAAAGUUCCAACGGAUGAAGCAAAGGGUAAGUUAUUUAUUUUUUAUUCUUGAUGUUUAGGUAUCAAAGGAACCGAAAAACAAGCGUUAGAUGAAAUGAGACAGCUCACAAGGAGUGUUGCAGCUAAGAAGAAGGGUAUGAACAUCAUGUCUGAAGUGCUAACCCAAGCAUUGAAUGUGCUGGAUGGAAGAACUAAACGGAGAAAAAGAUCUGCGUCAGGAUCGACGAAGGAGAAUGUAAAAUUAUCUGAUGAUUUUUUGUCUCCUGCUUGUGAAUAUGAAGGAGAUGUCAACUACGACGAUAUUUAUGAUUGCCUGGAGAGUAUCAGUCUAAUUAGGAGUACUAAAAAAAUGAGGGCGUAGGUUAUGUGGUAGUAGGUCAAUUGUAAUAUUUUUUUAUUUUUAGGACUGAAAGCGCCGUUCUCAUCCAAAUCUUUGACGAACUCCAGGAAAUUGUGGACUCUUCGUUCACCGAAAGAGCUGAUUUCAUGACCCAAUUCCUCUCCGAAUACUCAUCUCAGCUGGGUUCCGAUGUUGGAUGGAUCGACUUCCCAGCGAAUGAAGAGAUGGGACAAAAGAUUUGGAACUUCCUCGAUCUGCCCGACGAUUUCCUCGAUCUCUCUGAGUAUGUUGUUGAGGAAGAAGCGGGAAGGGUUGUUUUGAAGAAAUAA